CAAAUGAUGUCAGCUGCUGUGCCUACGAACCAGCUGGCUCGUUCACGUGGCGGUACUGGCUGACUCGGCAGCAAUUGUUCCAGCCUUCUGACCUAGCGCUCGUGCAUGCAGCAGAGCGCUUGAGAAGCUCUCUGCUUAAUAUAUUUGUUUUUUGUGAUGCAUCCGUUUGCAUAAUUAAAGGAAUUUGGAAAAUUUAAUUAAUCUAUUCUGAAGAUAUGGUUCAAGCAGUGAACUUGAGUGGCAGUGGCCGAGUGGAUAUUUCCAACUUUGAGCUUCUUAAGGUUUUAGGAAAAGGUGCAUAUGGAAAAGUUUUCCUAGUCAGAAAAGUAGGAGGUCAAGAUCACAAAAAGCUAUAUGCUAUGAAAGUGUUGAAGAAGGCAGCCAUAGUACAGAAACAAAAGACGCUUGAACACACCAAAACAGAACGACAGGUGUUGGAGUCCAUUCGUCAAUCUCCAUUUCUUGUCACGCUACACUAUGCCUUCCAAACAGAUGCAAAACUUCACCUUAUACUUGAUUAUGUGAGCGGGGGUGACUUGUUCACACAUUUGUAUCAGAGGCAGCAUUUUACAGAAGCUGAAGUAAGAUUUUACAUUGGAGAGAUUAUUUUAGCUUUGGAGCAUCUUCAUCAGCUUGGCAUCAUAUAUAGGGACAUUAAACUGGAAAAUAUUCUUCUAGACGCUCAAGGACAUGUUGUGUUGACUGAUUUUGGUCUUAGUAAAGAAUUUUUGCCUCAUGAAACAAUUCACAGAACAUACUCGUAUUGUGGUACAAUAGAAUAUAUGGCCCCAGAAGUGGUGAAAGGUGGAAGAUGUGGUCAUGACUUCAGUGUAGACUGGUGGAGCGUUGGUGUGUUAUUCUACGAACUUCUGACUGGAAAUUCACCAUUCACGCCUCAGGGAGACAAGAACUCACAGUCAGAAAUAUCUAAAAGAAUACUUCAUUCACAACCACCUCAACCCGAUCAUGCUUCCGCAGCUGCAAAAGAUUUUAUAUAUCGUACAUUGAUAAAAAAUCCAAGAAAACGACUUGGAGGGGGACCAGAGGAUGCCUUGGAACUCAAAAGGCACAAGUUUUUCAGGGUUUUGAACUGGGACAAGCUUUCCAAGAAACAGAUUUCUGCUCCUUUUAUUCCCAAGAUCUGUGGAGAACUUGAUGUGAGUAAUUUUGCAGAGGAGUUCACUUCGAUGGUUGCUGCUGAUUCACCAGCCAUAAUACCUCCAAAUGAAGAAAAAAUAUUCAAGGGUUACUCCUAUGUUGCUCCAUCUGUGAUGUUUACUGAAAAUGUGAUCAGUGAUGAUCUACUUUGUACACCAACAGAAAACAAACCUAGUGCCUCCUUGCUCUUAGCUACAAAGUUCAAGAACUCCUCCUUCUUCCAAAAAUACGAACUAGUUAUUAAGGAAGGCCUUCUUGGAGAUGGUAGCUUUUCUGUAUGUAGAAAAUGUAUUCACAAACAGACAGGUGUCGAAUAUGCUGUGAAGAUCAUUAGUAGGAAGGUAGAUAGUGCACGAGAGGUGAGGUUACUCCAAUACUGCCAAGGUCAUCCAAACAUAGUCAAAUUUCAUGAAGUUCAUUACGAUGAAGUUCAUACUUACAUAGUACUUGAGUUACUGAAAGGAGGCGAGUUGCUGGAAAGAAUUCGUCAGAAGGCUAGGUUCACUGAGAAAGAAGCAGGUCACAUUUUCCAAAAGCUAGUCUCUGCAGUUGGUUUUAUGCAUUCUCGAGGUGUGGUUCACAGGGAUCUGAAACCAGAG